CAUUCUCUCAUGCCGGUAGGACGUACCUUCACAACAACAUAGAAUGUGAUGAAAAGAGACAAAUUGUCCUCCUGUGCGUCGACAGCUGUAUAUUAACUAAGCAUUAGAUCGGGAGCAACGGUUAGCACAACGCAGCAAACGUUCUUCACUCCAGUGGUGGAUUUUCCACGCCCAGCUGUAAUCGCCUUCUCGGAUGAAAUCGUACAGCCAGCCGUUCAGAUAAGUUCUGUUUUCAUCCAUGGUGGUGAACCCAGCUGAUGGAAAAGAAGGCUGUCAAGCAGCUCAACAUGGUCUCCAGGCUGCCCAAGUUUGCUUCCCGCACCUCAGGCACCACCUCGUCUCCUCCCCAAGGAUCUGGACUCCCAGUUCCCUCCUAUGAGUGUAAAGGUGGACCUGUAGGCAGACAGAAUGGUUUAACACAAGUCCGAUCCUUAAACUGGAGAAAGUGUGAAGAGGACACCGGAAAUAAUGUUGAAUGCACUGGAAGCUUGGAUGAGGAAACUAGUGUAGCUCCAGAUACAGACUCCCCAGUAAUGGUGACUAAAAAACUUUCCCCUGCCGCUGUAGUUAAAUAUAAGGGUGCAGUUUUGACAGCACAAAGUAGGAGUAUACCACAGCCUACCAAAACCCGCAUGACUACCCCCAAACACCUCUCCUCAGGUAACACUAUAUACAAUGGCAUGGCUACUCUGAAUGGAGCCAGUAGUGGUAAUGAACGCUCUUCAGGGUCUGGUCUUGGUCAUGUUUCACAACAAAAAAGCUUGCAAAGCAAACUAUCAGUGUCCAGUGACCGCAUCAAGUCUACUUCUAAAGAGAGCAUAGAGCGCUCUCAGAGUUUCACAUUCUUUAAGAGGGGAGCAUCUCAUACUGAUCCACCUAUGACCAGGUCUUUUUCCUUUAAUAAAGCUACUGAUCUUGCUAACAAACUCCCCAGACCUUUAGCACAAUCUCCAGUGCCUAGAUCACUCCUCAAUCAGCCAAAUUCAGUUUUAUCCAAAGGGAAAGUAGAUAAAUUUGGCUUCGCAAGACCCUCUGUAACUGCUAGCAACCAUUCGCCAGUAGCCUCAAUAAAGAAGUCACUAUUACCCAGCUUUUCAGGAAAAAAAACAUCUGUGCUCAGUUAUAAACUUACACGUCCAUCAUUCAACAAACAUCCCCGUCCUGUUUUGCCUGCAACUGUCCCAAAAGAAGCAGAAUUGGGUGAAGAUGUCCAAAACCUUACACUGUCAGCAGAAACCAGUUCAGAACUAAUCAACAACACUGAAAGUACUGAAACUACCCCAACUGAGAAUGAGACUACACCAAACAUGACUUCAAUCGAAGUAAAGGAAUUUGAGGUCAGCAUGGGGAGCUCCUUGGAGAUUUUUGAGGAUAUGUCACUAUCAUCGUCCUCCUCUGUGGAGCACAAUGACAGUGAAGAGUACAUGGAUGACUUUGAUAAUCUUGGGAAUGGAGGUGAGACCCUGUUUCUGCCUGUCCUCAAAGAUGGAUUGGACCACUUAGGACUGUGUGAAGAUGAAAAUGCCCUAAUCACCAAGUGCAAUGAGGACUCAUCGAUGACCAACCUGCAUGCCUUCUUAUCCGAAACUGUUGACUGGGAAGGGAUGGGCCUCACAGGUGGCAAAGAUAGGUUUGAGCAUGACUCGUCAUCUCCUGUGGGCGAUUUUCCUCAUGGCUCAUCUCUGGACCUGUCACCCUCAGACAGCUCUGGAGGGACUUACAUGUGGGAUGAAGAGGGGAUGGAGGCACUUGGAGGCUCUGAACACCCAUGUGGAAGCUUUGGCUCAGAUCUUAACAGUAUGGACAUUCUAAACAAGCUGGAGAAUGUGGAGUCAUGUGACCUGGAAGAUGAUGACCUCAUGUUGGAUUUGGACUUGUCUGAAGAUGCAUCUUUUCACAGCGACACUGAUGAAAUGUCGUCCUAUGAAUGGUCUGAAAAAGAAGGUCGGCCUACACAGAGGAGAAGAUGGCAACAACACAGAGGCAUGCGUGAAAACAGAACUGGCCUUUUGCAGUCAUUUGACGGGUUUAUGGGACAUGGACUGGAGAGGUCAAGGUCAGACCAUGUUACACUUGAUGAUUUGACACUGAAUCUCGUGGCGCAAGACUGCUCUUCUGUCAAAGAACAGCUGCUUCAACUGAUGACACUGCUUCAGAUGGAGACUGGUUGUUCAGUUGAAGAAACUUCAGAGGCUCUGACUCCACAAUCCACUGAGCAGUCUUUACUUGAUGAAAAGGUGGCGCUGCUCCUGAAAGAGGUUGAAGAACUGAGAGAUGAGCUCAGAAGCAAAGACAGGAUGAUCGCUGAGCUCUCCCAGCAGCUGUCUUCUCCAGUGGAAGAUAUGCAGUGCCACUGCCUGGAUGGUUUAGAUGGUAACAAGUUGUCAUUAGAGCACCAGGACAAGGAUACUCAAACCCUGUGGAAGCCACAUAAUCUUCAGAUACUACAGACUCCCAGAUUCAUGUCCAACAAGCUCCAUGACCAUGAUGGACUGUCAAGUCCAACCUGUGAAGAUGCCACUUGUAACAGUUUGGAUGCCAACCCUGGUCACCACCCACUAACACCCCAGCCCAGCUCUUCAGACCUACAAAAUCCCAUCGCUGCUGCGUCUACCCCGAACUGUAUAGCACCAACGGUAAUUAUAUCUGCUGAUAGCACUGCUGCCUCCUCUUACAGAACUUUUCAGAGCUCUGAACCUGCUGAGCUCGGCCUCACAAGCAGCCGGCUCAAAAUCAAUGAGCCAGCAAGCCCACCAGCUUCUGCCAGCUUUUGCUGUAAGCUAGAAAACGGUACACAAAAACUUGCUUUUAAAAGAAGCAGUUUUUCAAGCCCGCAGCCACCAAGCUAUAUUAAGAGAGCUUCGACACUCAUCAAGCCCCAGGAAGUACAGCGGGUCAGUGUGUUCACCGGUGCCCUGGGUAGGUUGAGAGCCACAGGUCCACCCAGAACAAGACAUCAACCUUCAUCAGCUCCCGGACUACAUUACAUUAACCCAGCCCAACAGACUACCAUGCACACCACCACUGUAGAAACAAAAUGUAACCGACAAAAUCAAGAGGACAGACAGUCUCUGUUUCUCAGAAACAUAGAGAGCAGUUGUCCCAGGUCUCAUGCCUCCCUGCAGCCUAAACAUUCCCGCCUACCUAAACCACAGACUUAUUCUGCUCAACCCAUCCCUGCUGCUCAAAAAGGUCAAACAGUAACCUCCCUUGAUAUGCCUUUUCAUAUGCUUUCCCAAUAAUAGAUUGGCUAAGCAAAAAAAACAUCUCACCUCCUUCUUAAAGAGAUAGUUCACCAAAAAAAAUUACACUACAUUACAUUAUUUGCUCAAACCCUUCACUUGUUCAAAACCUGUUUGAGUUUCUUUCUUCUGUUGAACACAAAAGUAGAUAUUUGGGACCCCUUGACUUCCAAAGUUUGUUUCUAACAAAUUACACUAACCAGCCACUUUAUUAGGUACAGUUUAGUAGUACCGGGUUGGACCCCAUUUUGCCUUCAGAACUGCCUUAAUCCUUUUUGGCAUAAAUUCAACAAGGUACUGGAAAUAUUCCUCAGAGAUUUUGGUCCAUAUUGAUAACAUCACACAGUUGCUGCCGUUUUUUUGAGCCUGUGCGAAUUGUAGCUUCAGUUUCGUGUUCUUAGCUGACAGGAGUGGCCUCCAGUGUGGUCUUCUGCUGCUGUAGCCCAUCCGCCUCAAGGUUGGACGUGUUGUGCAUUUAGAAAUGCUCUUCUGCAUACCUCGGUUGUAACUUUAUAUCAGCUCAAAUCAGUCUGGCUAUUCUCCUCUGACCUCUAUCAUCAACAAGGCAUUUGCACCCACAGAACGGCUGCUCACUGGAUAUUUUAUCUUUUUUGGACCAUUCUCUGUAAAUCCUAGAGAUGGUUGUGCGUGAGCAUCCUAGUAGAUUAGCCGUUUCUGAAAUACUCAGACCAGCUUGUCUAGCACCAACAACCAUUCCAUGUUCAAAGUCACUUAAAUCACCUUUCCUGCCCAUUUUUAUGCUCAGUUUGAACUGCAGCAGAUCGUCUUUUUUGACCAUGCCUACCUGCCUAAAUGCAUUGAGUUGCUGCCAUGUGAUUGGCUGAUUAGAAUUUUGCAUUGAGGAGCAGUUGGACAGGUGUACCUAAUAAAGUGGCCGAUGAGUGUAUCUAUACAGUAACAGAACAAAAAAACCCCCAUAAGGGUUUAAAACCACAUGAGGGAGAGUAAAAGAUUAGAUAAUUGUAAUUUUUGAACUUUCCUAUUAUUCAAAGCUUGUAAAUGACCUCAAAUGACUGAUAUUAAGUUAUUCUUAAAAAGCAACCAUACUGCUUUGCUUCAGCUGUGGGGCUCCAAAUAAAUGAUGUAGUCAAAAUACCAGGUACUUAGUGCACAAGGAAUCCCUUGAGGCAAAAAAUAUCCCCAACUGUAGCUCCAUGAUGACCAUUUCAAAUGGUUGUUAUUAAAAAAAUUUCUGUGUGUACAUGCAAUGUUGAAAGACCUAGGGCUUCUUUAAAAAUGUGUCAGAGAAAUAGUUUUAACCUUCUGGGGUCUGCAAACGCCUAUACGCGGUUUGAGGCAUCUUUUCCUGAUAACGCAGAAAAUUACUUCUAUUACACUUUCAGUUUUUAUCGUGCAGAUAAGAGCAAUACAUCACUUGAAUCUGUAAAGGGUCCACUUUUAUUUGUAUUCAACAUAAUACAUUGUCAUCAAAUUAUUUUAAACACUGGAUUAAUGCACACAAAAUAGUUUUAAUUAUAACAGUUUUGCAAAUACGUUUUAUAACUUUUUAAAUAUCUAUUUUUUGUGCAUGCUGUAUAACUGCACAUACAUUGUUUACCCAUAGUGUUUACAUGGACAUAAUACAGCAAGUAGUACAACAAGCAUUUAGUUUGAGCUAGAUUUUGCAGCUGGAUAUUGCUUUACAAUGCCCUUGAUGGGUGAACAUUAGCAAGUGGGGGAGUGUCUUUUGUCUCUCCAAGUGUGAAUUAUUUACGACCUUUGUCACUUCCACGCAUACAGCUGAGCUGACCCAAAAUAGACUUUACAAAAUGUAAAUCAUUGUAAUGUUUUCUUUGAAUGAGAGAACAGAAUAACUUUCACACAAUUGUGAAGUAAAUAUUCCAGCCUAGAGUGGUUACUCAAAAGUCUUAUUCAGGCCCAUUCAGUGUGGUUUUUGGACCUUAUUUCCGUAAGUUUUUUUUCUCCAAAA